CCGGGCGACCUGGCUGUGGUGGCCGCCAUCGGCGACAGCCUGUCGGCCGGCAGCGGCGCCCGGUCCUGGCUGAUGGCGGACGUCGGCCGCGCCUACCGAGGCCACGCCUGGAGCGGCGGCGGCGCGACCGGCUCGCUCACGCUGCCUAACAUCCUGCGCCGCUUCGCGCCAGGCCUGCGCGGCGCGGCGGCCGGCGCCGACGCGGCCGGCUUCAAUCUGGCCGUGCCAGGCGCAGAGCACGACAGCUUGGUUCGCCAGGCAGCCGCGCUGCUGCGCCAGCUCCGCGACCAUCCCGACGUCGACUUCAAGCGCGACUGGAAGCUGGUGACGGUCAUGAUCGGCGGCAACAACAUCUGCCGCCACCAGCUGCCGCGCGCCUUCGUCAACCUGGUGCCGGUGGUGGACAUGAGUCAGCUGCAGCGUGUGAAGCGUGACCCGUUCUGCCAGGCAGCGCUGGCGGUUCUAUGUCCGUGUCUGGCCGGCGGCCGGCGGCAGAACGAGGUACGCGCCCUGGUGCGCCAGUACCAGCGUGCUGCGCUCCGUCUGCUGGAGACGGGCCGCUACGACACGCGCGACGACUUCACGGUGGUUGAGCAGCCGUUCACCGUGCAUGGGGCGAUCCCGACGCGGCGCGGCGUGGUCGACCCGGCCUUCCUCGCCGUCGACUGUUUCCACCCGAGCGUCUGGGGUCACGAGUACCUGGCCAAGAUGCUGUGGAACAGCAUGCUGACCCCGCUUGCGGAGAAAGUGGAGCAGGGCCGAAACAGCUCCGAUCAGAUCAAGUGCCCCGACCCCGAGCACCCGUUCCUCCCAACGAGGAAAAAUUCGCCGAACGUCAGCAGUGCCGCGUUGUAA